AGACAGAGCCAUCUUGAUUUAGAGAUUGGCAAAACAUCAAAACACCAUAAUUAUCAAGAAAAUAAAUAAAUAAAGUUGAACUAAAAUAUUUAUUGGUGCCGGAUUCGCCUUUUGAAUGGUAACUAAUUUCAUUGUACAAAAAUUGUACCUUUAAUGGGUUUUUGGAAACAGAAGUUUUUAUUGUGAUCUUCCAAAAUUGUUGAUUUGUGAAAAGUGAAGUGUUUCCCAUCGAAGAUGAUAAACAUUCAUAAAAUAAGCUCCAAACUGUGCAGAUUAUGUGGAAAAGAAAAGGCUAGAGGUACUGAUGUCUUCAAGGAUAAGAUAAAGGGGGCCGUCCUGGUUUCGAUAAUUAACAAAUAUUUUCCUAGAGAGGUUAUCAAUGUCGCAGAGUCCGAUGAUUUCUCUAAGUACGUCUGUAUGGAUUGUGAGCAGAAAAUCUGCAGCUUUGAUGAGUUCUGCUUGAUGGUGGCUAAUGUCCAGAAACAAUUAGCGGCUCCAUCGAUUGAAAUCGACUUUGCUGAGGACAUGUUGAGUCACUUUAAAGAGACUGGACUCCUGGAGAAAAAUCGUACAGAGCUGAGAACUGACAGAAGACUUGCUUGUGAUCAGUGCACCAAAACCUUCCGAUGUCAGGCUCAUCUAGAAAGGCACAAACGUGUUCACACUGGACAGAGACCAUUCGUCUGUGACAUCUGUCGCAUGUCCUUCAACCAACCAGAGGUCUUGGGAAGACACCGUCAGAGUCAUCAGGACAAGAAAGAAUGGCGCUGCAGCACGUGCCACCAAUCCUUCCGCUUCAAAGUCUCCCUGAAAUCUCACAUGUUGAAUUGCCACUCAGACUUGGAUACUUCCCUGGACCGUUUUGAUCACGCCCUAACGUGCACAGAGUGUGGCAAGACCUUCGCGACAAAAUACAAACUUCAUCGGCACAUCCGGUGCCAUACAGGUGAGCGUCCCUUCAGUUGUAACUACUGUCAUCGACAGUUUUCUCAAACUGGGAAUCUUAAACAACAUCUCUUCAAGUGCACGAGAUCAUCACCGAUGAUUCAGGAGGGAAUACUUCCUGUCAGUGACAAUAAUUCUGCAGAAUUUCUGAACGAGGGUAUUACGAAUGAUAUUAGGAAUGAAAGGGAGAUGAUUAGUGAGAGAACGUUGAAUGAUUUUCAACCUGUCUAUAUCACUGAGAGCGAAAUUCAAAAGACAAUUAAUGAAACUAUUAAUGAGACAAUUAAUUCGAGCAAUGAUCCUAGCACUUCUUCCUUCCUCAAGAGCUAUGACAAUCCUAUCUACAUCGAUGAAGAGAUUGAAACUAUUUUGGAUAGGGAUUUAGAGGAACUGGGGGGAAGUAAGUAUGAUAGAGGAGGAAGUGAGAAACUGGGGAUGUGCCUGAAGCAGCCGGAAACACCUGAGUUGAUUCACAGUUUAUUGUACGAUGUUUAAUUGUUUACUAAUUCUAAAAGGGUCGGUUCAACUAUCAAGUGAUAUUUUUUCCUGGAAAAAGUGGAGUAUAUUUUUCAUUUUCAUUUAAUUCACCAUAAUUAUUUAAUUAUUCAAAUCAUUACAUACAGCCAAUUGGCAUACAUUUUGGAUAAUUAUCUGAAUGACCAGUAGAUAGUUUAUAUACAUACGUAUAUUUAAUAAAUUUUUUCACAUAUCAUGGAAAUAAAAGAAAAAAUGGACAAAGUACAUAUUGGAUAUAUAUAUUACUGGAACUGUUAGAAUAAUCAAACGUUCGUCAUCUUAUCUCUUCCCAGAUCACCGUCAUUACUUACACUCUAUUAUUUGAUUAUAUUUGGGUUAGGUAGACGAGUAACAUCAGUUCUGCUCGAUGAUUGUUCAUCACCCUAUCCUUAAUUUAUUGAAUAUAACGAUCAAUACUCAAUAUUUAUGAUUGACUUUUUUCAGCCGAGACUCUAGAACCCAACAGUUUAAUAAAUUCCAUGACAAAAAAAAUUAAUUAGAAAAAAAAACAUCAAAUCAUUGACGUACUCAGUUGAUUUUUACUGGCUUAAAUUUAAAAAAAAAUACAGACACUCUUCAUUGCUGAAA